AUGAAAUGUUUGCUUAAAAGAAGCUCAGUUUGUUGGAAAAGAUUUACAUCUGACACUUUUCAUCUUGUUCUCAAGCCCACUCUAGCAGAUUCAGAUAUGCUACCGUUUCUUGGAAAAAUAACAAAUUUGAAUAUUGUCAUGGCCAGUAGCGCAACAAAUUUUUGUGAAUAUUUUAAAACUUUUGUCAAAUGUGAUUAA